AUUUCAGGAGCCCCUGAGUGACAGGGGCCCUAAAAAAUUGGAACAUAAUUGGAUUGGUCUGCGUGGGGGGGCCAUCAUGGGGUCCAAAAUCCCUAUCAGCACCCGGAUUGUAACUAAUACACUGGCCACUCAGUGUAAUUUUAACAAAAUCAACAGCGUCUCACCGUUUCCCCGCCUUUAUCACAAAAGAAAUCAUCAAAGAAACUGUCAGUGACGUUGCACUUUCGGAAAAGAUGCCCAAAAGCUCUUACUUUGAGUCGGAGAAAAAUUGACCUUUUGAAACUUGGGUUAUGUAAUAAGGGUUAAGCGUAACGCAGUCUUGGAAGUGUGUGUGUGUGUGUGUGUGUGUGUGUGGAGGGGGGGGAGUCCUAACGCAGUGCAGCUGAUGUUGCUGCAUAAUAUAUAUACAUAUACAUCACUCUUAAAUCGCCGAGACUCGCUUGAGGAGUGCAAAUGGUUGAAAGGACUAGCUGCAUCAAUCAGCAAUGCUCGCACUGAACAUCCCAGCAGGCACAGUGUGCACUGAUGCUCCAGCCCAACGUGCGUUGCCGUGACCGGUAGCGGCGCGCGUUUCGAUAUUUCAUGGAUUAUCUCUUUCAACGUGUGAUCGAUGCAGAAGAGGCGCUGUGCUGAACCAAGAAAUGCCCCGGUCGCAUUAGGGUUGCAAGAGACGAAGAGAGUCGGGCUCUUCUGCUGACAGUGGAUCAAGUUGAUUUAUUUUGGUCGACAAUGCUUUAUUUUCAGAUAGUCAUAAUGGCUGGGACUAUCAUGCUGGCGUACUACUUCGAGUACACAGACACUUUCAACGUGCACGUACAGGGAUUUUUCUGCUAUGACAACGCUUACACAAAACCGUACCUCGGACCGGAGGAGUUGAGCGCUAUUCCCCCGGCUAUCCUGUACACUGUGGUCGCCGGAGUUCCCGCACUGGUCAUAUCGGCUACAGAGUCUGUGUUCUUCUUGCUCCAGUACGUUUCCGAAGACGUGGACAACCGAGAGAAGAUUACCGUGAUGGGAGACUGCUGUUACCUCAACCCGCUGGUACGGAGGACCUUCCGCUUCCUGGGCGUCUACGCGUUCGGCCUCUUCGCCACCGACAUCUUCGUCAACGCCGGCCAGGUGGUGACGGGCAACCUGGCGCCUCACUUCCUCACCGUGUGCAAGCCCAACUACACGGCCCUCGGCUGCCAGCAGGCGGCGCUCUUCAUCAGCCAGCAGGGGGCGUGUACAGGCAACGAGGAGGAUGUGCUGCACGCCCGCAAGUCCUUCCCCUCCAAGGAGGCGGCCCUCAGCGUCUACGCCGCCCUGUACGUCUCGAUGUACAUCACCUGCUCGGUGAAAGCAAAGGGCACCCGACUGGCCAAGCCGGUUCUCUCCCUGGGACUCAUGUGCCUGGCCUUGCUGGCCGGCAUCAAUCGGGUGGUGGAGUACCGAAACCAUUGGUCUGACGUCAUUGCUGGUUUCAUCGUGGGAGGGGCCAUCGCCACGUUUAUGGUGGUUGGUGUCUUGCAGAAGUUCAAAGGGAAGCCGCUGCUCAGUGAAAUACCUCAUGAGGGAAGCAUAGCCGACACUCCGGGCAUCAGCCGGACAGAACUGGAGAGUCCGGGGGAGAAGUAUGUGGCCACGCAGGUAGGGGCCCCGGGCCCAUCCACUCAGGGGCUGAUUGAGCAUGGAGGAUGGGUCAGGCAGGUGGAUAUAGGCACCACCGCCCUGAGCCCACGGGGCGGCCACAUGUCACUGGGGGCAGUUGUUGUUUCUGUGGGCCUCUAAGAAUCACUUUGUCCUUUCAUUGUAAUGCAAGUUUGUGGCCAACAGGGGGCGCUCACUACUAGGGGGCCCUAUGCAAAAGCAUGGUUUACAUUUCCUGGUCAAAUCAGUCCAGAUGGUCUACAUUUUGUAUCGUCUGGGGGGGUUCCUGAGGACUGGUUUGAGAAACACUGGUUAUUGUGUUGCUUAAAAACCUGUGAGUGAAGUAGCCACAUUGCUUUCAGUAGCUUUAUGGCCAAAAAGCCGUAUGAUCCUUAAGCUUAAUGACCUGUCAUAAGUAUUGACAUGUGGGCCUGAUGUUAUAGAUGGAAAAUGAGUAGAUCUUGGCCACAUCUGAGGAUUAAUUAUUAUGCAGCGUUGGAGCCCAGGCCUCGAACCCAAACUGUCCGCAUCCCUGCUGAGUUUGCCUGCUUCCCCCCGACACAGAACCAGAAGCUUCAACCAGCCGGCAAUUUUUACAAAUAUAUUUUCAUGUGCUCCCUGAUCCUAAGAACGAGUUGAUUCUCACAUCCUAGAAUGUUCUUGUUACCACAAAGCAUUCAUGAAAUGAUGGCUGAGUUCAGAAUAGCAUUUACAGUCUCAGGAAGGGAAGAUUAAACUAAACCAGAUGCAGGAGUGAGGGUGUAUCCAGUUGGGGUAUAACUCAAACCUGUAUUUAUGGUACCGUAGGCUUUUUAUCUUCUAAAAUCUCUGAACAGGGUUCCGUUAUAUAAGAACGAUCUUUGUAAUAGCUGUCCCCACUUUAACAGGCAGAGGCUCGAAUCAGACUCAGGCUUUUUCAUAUAGCUGCCUGGGAAUAUAAAAAAUUGAGAAGCGUUACGCUUGUGAAUACAAAUGAUCCGAGGCGAAGCAGAGGCCCUUUUUCUGGAAGGGGUCCAUCCGCACCAGAUCUGGGAAUCCGCGGGACGCAAAUGAGCACCAGAAACACCAAGACCCUACACACCUGCUCACACUUUUGACAGCAAUCCACUAAAUGCAGUGCAUUUAAAAUAAAUAGCCCUGCAGAGCUGUAAGUUAAAUUUUUUAUGCCAAAUACAACAUGUAACGUUAUGUUUUUCCUUUUGGGUUUGCAUCCAUUAUUAAGUUGGGUGGCUGUUUAGUCUUCGUCAGGGAGAACAGCUUGAGGCAAGAAAGUUUAAAACCUAUAGAGAAUUUUGAAAUUAAACCAAGUCAUCCUGCAGUUGAGUGAUUCAUGUAUACCGUGAACAGACAGGCGUAUCAUUAGGCAGUCUGUACAAAUGAAAGGUCACCUCAUUUGAUCUAAAUGCACUUUAGGUUUAUAUUUGAAUAUGUAACUGUGAGAGGUGGACAUUUCAGUUCCAGAAAGUACAAAUCUAGAGCAAGAUUUUGGUUUAACAAAUCAGCUGAGUGUAAAGUAGUGAUGGCCAAAAGAAGCUUCAUGAACCAUUAGCUGUAUUUUUUGACCCCACUAGAUGGCGCUCUUGGUUUGCUCUGAGGCAUGCUUUGAGUCCUUUUUUGAACAGAGAUAUACCAUAUACCAUAUACCAUAUAGUGGUGUCAGAAAUACAGCAAAUGGUUCAUGAAGCUUCAUUUGGCCAUCACUAAUGUAUAGACCCACAGUCACAAAGUACUCAACUGGUAGGUUGAAACAAAGUCUUGGUCUGGAUUUUUACUUUCUGGACUGGAAAUGUCCUUCUCUGGUAGCUUUUAACACCUCCCCUGCUUCAGGUCAGUCUCCCUGACAUGGGGGUCGAUAGCCAGUUCUCUGUUUUGUUACCCUGGACAUUGUACUCCAAUAUAUUUGUUACUUUGGUGCUUCAGCACAUUGUUUUGUUUUAUGAGAUUUCCAAAAAAAGGUGAAAACUUGCAGCUUGGUGGAUAGCGAGGCGCUAGGCCAGCGAUAUUCAAAUCGCGGUCCUCAAGGUCCGAGCACACCUGAUUUUCCAGCCUUCUUUUAGCUGUGAGCCUGGUGUGAAGCCUCUGACCAAUCACAAUCAGUAAUUAUUAAAACUAACUACCUGGGAGAAAUGAAAACAAGGCCUGGAUUUGGAAUCGAGGUCCAGAUUUGAUGAACUCAGCACUAGGCCCUGGCUGAGAUUGAAGUGUGAGUUGAUGUUAGUGAGUAUAAUGUGUUCUUGGCUCCGGACAAAGGAUGCCAGCCCCAUCGAGAUUUACAGUGCUGAUUGAGGGAUAUUUGCAGGCAUGCGGCAAAGGGGGGGGGGGACUGAGUGAAUUAAAGUGUGAUCCCCUUUGAUGGUCCAAGUGCCCUUCUUUGAUGAUGCAAAAUAUCCCGACCGGGGACCUCCUCUCCAUAUAUCACAAAAAUGAGUUGAGGAGAGACCCCCUUCAAUAAUGAAAACUUACCAAGGUGGAGCCCCCCUCCCCACCACCCCCUACCUGUUGAAAAAUCUGUGCACAUCCCUGGAUAUUUGUGAAGGAGCAAGAUACGACGGAGUGAUAAUCGAAUCAAGAAGCAGGAUUGGCUGCCGCCAAUUGCACCGACAGUUUUAGCUGCACAGUCAGAAACCACAACGCUCAAAUUCAUAACGUACACCUCCCCCAAGUCAAUUCUGCAGUCACACACAGGCUAUCCACUAUAACAUCACCCAGGGAGCUGAAUGGGGCGAGGAGACGCCGUAGCAGGGCCUGCUGCCGCCUUGGGCCCCUCCAUGGUGACGCUAUUCAUCUUAGCGUGGCAUGUUUGGCUUUAUAAGGGCGAAUGGAGCCCCUGUCUGCCUUAUGUCGGCGAGCUGAUGAAUGACUGUGCUGUGUCACACCUGUUCUGUGCAGUCUGCAGAGGAGGCCUGCCCACAUUAUGUAUUACAUAUGCUUAUAGGAUGGAUGGAUGAAUACAUGAUAAACGUCCUGCAUUUUAUUCUCAGACCCAUGAUCGAAACUGGGAACAGACACAUGACCUUGGCUUCAGUACCAACAUAUAUGUUGUAUAUGCACACAUAAUAUUCGCUGUAUAUGCAUAGACACAAGAUUAUAAUAUUAAACGUUAAAGCACAGUACGUAUAAAAUGUAUAAAUUUCACUAAAAUGAUAAUAUAAAAAUGUAUAUAUAUCCAUGUUCUAGAUUCAUAAUUGUAUACAGAUACGAAGGCUUUGCUAUGCAGAGGUCAGGACACAUCUAUGAAUCAUCCCUGUUGUUUUUCUGUCAAAAACAGAUGCAUUCCUUUAUGAUUCACUUAUGCAGAAGCCUGGGCUGAUUUCUUUCUGCGGUUUUGGUUGUUCUUCGUUUCUAUUGUCAUUCUCUGCCCCUCAGAAUCCGAUCACCUUCGCCGAGGUCACAUGACGCCAGUGCGGCCCUCCCCCGGACAGUUGGGAUGCUGUUCAUUCGCUGUAGCCGGAGUGUGAAGCCCGUUCCAGCGUAUUUACAUUGGUAACUGUAUCCUCAGCAGGACCGCUGUGACAUCACAGUCCGGGUGGCAUUAUUAUUAUUAUUAUUAUCCAUAACAAAAGAAUUCUUAUGUUUUCUUUAUUUCCCCACUGAAUCCAAGGUUAGAAAUCCAACAUUUUAUUAUCAAUCCUCCCAUGGCUUAUUUCUGAACAUGGAAAUUCUUUCAUGAAAUAGACAGACAGGUUAAAAAAAUUAUUCCGAUUAGGACAAAAAAAAAAUAAUAAAACACCAGGGAUUGAAAGUAUUUAAUUGUAAGUAUUAAUUUCUAAAUGGUUAUUUUUUUAUUUUAUUUUAUUUUUAUUAAGCAAAUUAUACUAUUGCAUAUUCCUGGUGAAAACGCGAAUCAGUAAAUCUUGCUUACAUGUUGUGUAAUGCAAUCCGAAUGAAUCAUUUCGUGCUUGUUAAGGUUUAACUUAUUCAAGCGGAAUUUGAAGUAAACAAAUGGGAGAGACAGAAUUUCCAGGAGAGAAAAGGCAACAGAGAGAAGCGUUUCCGUAGCAUAAUUUGGAAGGUUCACGUGACGUGGGAGACCACUCAUUGGUGCUGGGUGGUUUCUCUUUUUAUUCAAUAUGUCAAGCUGUAAGGAGAUCGUGACGCAAACCCCUUUCUGAUUGGCCUACGUUUGUCAGACAAAAUGUACGGAUCUAUCCUGUCUCCUGUCAUUUGAAAAUGAAAGUGCUUCAGCUCCUCUUCUUCAGGCCAUUUCAGCCUUCCUGAAUUUCUCCUUAAGGUCACAAAUUCAGCCCCUUAAUCAUCUUUUGAAUUAAAUGUGAAGGUCUAUUUUUUGGCCAGGACGAAUGAAGGGGGGGGGGCUCAGCCUUUAACCACUUAGCAAUUUUCUACCCAGCCAGCAGGCUUCAUUAGCGCAAGAUAAUAGUGCCACAAAUAUUCACAGUAAUGUUUACCUAAUGUAUACCAGUAAUAAUGGCAGUGUUGGUCCUGAAUGCACACUGGAAAUUAUAGUCAUUGACUAGGAAAAGACUUAAAUAGAGAUAUUUCUGUUAUAGUUAGAAUAAUGUAUGAUGGCUUGUUAAUAAGCACUUUGCUAUGGCUUUUAGAUGAAAGCUGGAAAUGAUUAUUUUAUUCAGAGAUGUUAUUAGACAAGUCUUAUGGCUGGGGAGUAGCAGCUAGUUCCCAAGGCAGUGUCUGUACAUUAAUUAAAUAAAGACAGGUCAGCUCUGGUAGGCAGUCAGUGGUUUGUGGUGAGUGGGAUUCUGGGUAAUUCCGAUAAAUAUCAGACUGGGAGCAGCAUACGGUAGUGGGGUUAUAUGCCUUAUGUAAGGGCAGAGUGAAAAACCAAUUUAUUUGUCCCACCGCAUAAUGAGAUCAAGCUCUAAUCGAUAUUGUCUGGGUGUCUAUGUGUUUAUUUUUCUGGAGUCCAGGUAAGUGUUCGUGUAAUGAAAUUAUGUGCGUUUCCCUUGUUCCGCAAAAUGAAAAAGAGCAACUUCAGUAAUCUCUUUGUUCAUCCCCCUGUUUGUCAAGAAGCGGCGCGACAUUUUGUUCUUGCCUAUGGAAGUCCAUACAGAAACACAAAAAGUCAACUUGUAGUCACUAUUGUGAAGUGUCAUUCGUGUCAUGAGAAGUUACUGUGGUGACUGUAACUAUGACAUCACUAUUUUGUCACCUGUACCCUCCAAGCACAUCGGCAAACACCUCAGUAGCAGGGUAUAGACAUGCAAUAGAUUGUACAGAAGUGUAGCAGAUAUGACUGUCCAUGUAUAUCCAUUACAUCUGAUUAUUACCUUUAACGUCGAUGUUCUCGCUUUUAACAAUCAACAUGUAACUCAUUUUAAAGCAAUAAUGUGUUACACUUAAAUACUGACUUAUGGUUCUUAACAUGUCUGUGUUAUGUUAUGUCAGCAUAUAUAUUUUUUCAAAAAAAUAAAACUAUUUUAUAAAUGUAACCGGAAAAAAAAUUCUGACUAAUAUUGAUCAUUGUUGGAAUCCUUUUUCACUCUGUUCCUUAGGAGAACAGCUCUGCCCUUCCAACCUCUGAAAAGUUUCAAAUAAAUUGUGGUAAAACCUCUGAAAUGUGUAUGGAUUGUCUUGUAAUAGGUACCGGCAGGUAAAAAUUUAAAAUUGGCCCAGGUUAGGUGUAAUAAAUCAGAUAAAUUAAUUAAUAUCUCAAUAAAACAAAAAAUUUCAAGUCAUUGUCUUUAAUGGCUUUUCAUAUUUGGUUGUUGGUAUACCCUCGACAUGACAUUUAGCAACCUCACAUUCUGCCACUGAUUUGUGGAAUUUCACUAUGAAUCUCUAGAAGAUCUUCUUUUUCCAAUAUUUAUGUUAGUACUUAGUUGAAUGGGGCAUUUUCCUCGGCUCUGUGAGAAAACUGAAGGUGAAAUUGACCAAUAUUUCAGUUGAAGAAAGCUGAAAAACUGUUCCAAUUCAAUGGGUAAUUCCGUCCAAUUUUUGAAGAAAUAAUGACAAGACAUAGUUAUGGAGAAAGAGAAGGAAAUAUCCCUUAUGUUUCAAUGUGACAUUUCUGAACAGAGAAACGAUAAGUCGAAUCAGGAGCAUUUUAAGCAUUUUUGCGCUUUACCUGCCAGAACCUUCUUAUAAUCAAAGUGGUUUUGUCACCUAAUUCUCUACCUGUUGACCACCUGUAAUUAAUCUACGUAUAAAGUGAUGAUGAGGAAAAACACACCGUGACUCUCACAGUUUGAUUCAUUCUGAGAUGUAGUGAGAGACACGAACCAACCUAUUAAAAACCUAAUAGCUGUUAUCGCUUCAUAAUUUAAUGCUCUUAUUCAUAAUAUUAUGUUUGAGUACAAAAUCAUUUCUCCUGAAUUUUAUUCUCAUGAUAAUUCAUAUUCAGAUUCUCCCUAUUAUUUAAAUAUAUAUAUAAUGUGUUGUACUGAGCCAACUAGCUUGUUUUUGUGUUACUUUUAUGAGUACUUGACCUUUUACACUAUAUCUAAAUAAAAAUUUGAAAAAUCAAAUUAACUGUGUACACGUGUAAAUAAAGCGGAAACCCAUUUGAACUUUGGUAAUUUGGCACUGGCGAAAUGGCGAACAGCAGAGAGGAGGGAAUUCGGGAAGAUCCGGCCUUCAUCAGCCUGUGACAUCCUGCGUAACCGGGUCGAGGAAGGUUACCAUGACGACCUGAACGUGACUUGGUAAAGUAGGAAAGAGGUUUUUGGAUCUCAUUGUGUGCAGAGAGAAAGCCAAACCGUUAAUGGAAGAAGGAAGCACAGGAUGGGAGGCAGGAAUGGGGGGGAAUUACUGUACGUCCAGGUUUCUCUGGACACGCCAGGUCUUUGUGCCUUUUUCAGAAAUCAGUGGUUUGUCCAGAUGUAGCACUGCAACCUAUAUGACCCAAUGUUGCAAGUUUCAGUGUGGUACCAAGUGAAGAAAGAGGCACCACAUUUCAAUGUAGGGCAGCCACUUAGCAUUAUUGCACAUGGUUUGCAAGACUCACGCAUUUACUUUAAAAAUUAAACGAUACACACACCAUUGGCACUCUCACAGUUUAUUUUUUGUGUAAACGUGGAAUUUGCUUGAAAUUUAACAAAUUUUAGCUUAGCGUUUUGCAACUUUUGUUGAAAAAAAUCUUGUAUAUAUGUAUAUUGUGUCAACAUACGUCUGGGUUUCCCUGGACAUGAAUUUUUUGUUUUACAGGGUGGUUAGGGAAAGCUCAUUAAUAUUCAUGAGAGAAGCGCUACCUGAUUGGUUGGUGAACGUGAAAGCUCAUUAAUAUUCUGAUCCCCAGACAUGUUCUCUUUUUUUCAUCUCACUAACCCUAGGAAUGGGGACAUGCAACACAAAAACAUCAAGGGGAGUCAGGUGAUGGGAAGGGUUACUGGAUACGGUGCCCUGGGUGAGGUUUGGGCCGAUCUUUCAGGUGAGAAAGUCAGUAUUACAUAAUGACUGGUGACAAGGCACCAUUUACCAGACUGCCAUACUUAGCUUUAGCAGGUGAUGUGCCUAAUUGCUCUAAUCACCUAUUGAGAAAGAUACAUUACUGUCCGCUUCCUGUGUCUGAUAUAUGCAGUGUUAUAUAUACCGUUGCCAAGGUGACUAUUUUCAUCGGAGUCGCUAUGUACAGUAUAGUACAUUUUCUCUGAGUGCGCAUACAGAUCAUGCGGAUAUGCGGAAUAAUGGGUUCAAAUAAAAAGUAUUUUUGCUAUAUUAACUGACGCUUUUUCAUUAACAGUAAAGCGCUGUUUGUAUGAAGCCGAUGAGAUGAAGAGACCAUGAACUACUGUAAUUAAUCAUGUUUUUUUAAAAGUAUUACGAUCUUCUCUUUCAUUAUGAUAGAUGAUUGUAACCAUCCAUCUUCCAAUCGUUCAUCUUGGCUGGGCUUGCGGAUUGGGUGCUUGCAUCUGACUCUAAAAGCACAGCUGAGAGAUAUAUUUUUAAUUUGAAGACAUGCCUCAUUAAAGAGCUUGAAUUUGUUGUGGUCCUGCUCCUCCUCACGGGGAAAAGGUCACCGCUGCUCUCAUGUAACUCUGUCUCAGGCUAUCGCUAACGGUAACGCUAACGGUAAGGCUAAUGCUAACACUGACUCUGGGCUUUGGGUACAGAGUGGUGGGAGGGAAGGGAACAGAUGUCCUGGCUGCUGGCCUGUUGCCGUUGGCGUGUCCUGAGGGUCUCCCCUGUUUGCUUUUGAUCUUCGCCCCCUAACUAUAGCCCUGGCUGGACUGUCUCUCUGUCGCCAGGGGCCACUGGUGCCGCCUCUUGGCCGGUUUGGGACAGCGUGUCAGAGCAUGAUCCCGCCUUUGGCCGAUGGCAGAGAGAUCCGGCUACAGGAAGGUAACCAGUCUCUCCAGGGACACACAUGCUGUUCAUGGCUUCUUUCGCAGGUAAACUUUCCUUUUAGAGGAAGAGACAGGGGAGGAGAUUGACACAGCCCCCCGACAGUGGGAAAACCCCGGUGGACAGGCUCUCAUCAUCUGUCAGGGCAGAUCUGAGUGGCCGAUGUGUGGGCAGCUGGACUCGUGCUCCACUGGGAACAAAGUGCAGAUCGACGUAAAUGAAAAGAAGGGAAUUAAAAAAGAGGUCGCAGUCAAAGGGAUGUUCUCCGGUCUUACAAGAAUAAGCUGAGCUCCGUGAAAAGGCCCCAGCAGGAGAAAUUGCAUUUAUAUCCAACAACAAACAUGGAGAGUGCUGCCCAUUGUGCCGAGACCGUGGACUGCCAUGGGCCCAGUGUGGACUAAGUGCUGGGAUUGCAAGAGCACAUCCUUGAGGGACUAUAAUCCAGAGUCCUGUGAUGGAUCAUCUCUGAGAGUGACCCAGUACUUUCCCCCAGUGCUGAGAACGCUGGGGGUGAAGGACCCGCAUUCGGCAUUGGGCCACGUCCUCUGAACCUCAGGCGGAAAGCAAAUGCGGUCCCUCCGGGCAAUCAGAGCCUCUGCACAAUGAAAUAUGAAUGAAGUCAUCAGAACGAUUGUCUCCGAUUGGCUGCUAUUGAGUACUGCUCUAUGGGUCAUCGAUUGUGUUGUUUUUUUUAGUAAAUUUUAUUGAAAGCAGUAAAAAGCAAUGGCAUCAUUCAAACUAUUAUGGUAAUUGCAUAUCGGUGGACAUUUAUAUUAAGACAUUGUGAACCUUUAAGUGAAAGAAAAAUAACUGUUUUUUUUAUUUCCAUAAUAUAGUUUUCCACUGCUUCACAAUGGAAAUAAAACCUUGGUUUUGGUAAAGUUAA